AUGGCAUCGUCCAAAGCGCAUCCAGCACAAACCAAACAGCACAUUAAGAAGCUACCGCCGAUACCAAAAGGCCAAACUGUUCAACGUGGCGCCUUGCCUCGUCGCGACCCUUCGACGCACGCUGCGCACCUCAUCUACGUCAACUCACGCUCGCCUUUCCGCUCCGUCACCACGAGGGUACGCAAACAGCUCAACAAGUCACUGCGAACAGCAUCCACACACACACCACAGUCCCUGACCAAUACCGUCGCAGGUAAAGGUCAUCUCGGCCCGCUGUCGAGCCGGAUACAAGCGUUGCACAAGGGACCCGAGGACGGUAUUGCCCUGGAUCAAGCACGUCAGGUCGUUGUGAUUGGCACCGGAAAGGCCAUAGAAAAGGUGGUGAAUGUUGCCGCCUUCUUCCAGGGCCAAGGAGAUGUCGAGGUCAGGCUACAGACUGGCAGUCUAGGCGCCGUGGACGACGUGGUCCCCGAGGAGGAAGAGGAGAAUGGACUCGGGGCUGGCGUAGGAGAGAGGGAGCGUAUGGUCAGCUGUCUAAGAGCGGUGAUCAAGUUGAGCUCUAACGCAAUUGCUCUUCACCAGUACUUCAUCAACCAAAAGAUACACACUCGCAUCAUGGAAAUCGUCAACCUCAGUGGUAUCGGUCUUUCCCAAGAUGACUGUCGCAAAGCUGCCCCCUGGAUGGCAGAAGCCUUUGCCCGAGCUCCCGCCACACCAGCUUUAACCAUAUUCUUUGGCGCAGCUCCCUACGAGUCCAAUGUGGAGAUGCACGAGAGGUUCUGGUCCUCCCACUUGAACCGUGUUGCCAAGUCGGGUUCCCUGAUUGGAGCUCGGGAGAAUGGCGAGUGGCUUGGCUUUCGUGCCUUUUUUGAGCCUGGGAAAUCACGUUUGCCUUAUGUGACAGACUUUAGGCUGCCCGAAAACGAGGACUGGGAUCGCUUCCUCGAAUUGACAGGCGAGGCAGACUACAUGGCACGGGUCAGGGAAUGGGGAGAAAAGACCAGUCACACUAAUGAUGAAUUUGGCUUGACGCCUGGUGACUAUUACACAACUUCCAUCAUUGUAGUAAACCCAGCGCGUCAGAGGGAAGGGAUCGGUCGAGCUUUGGAUAACUACACGCAGAAAGUUCUGCCAUUCUAUCUCGCACAAGGAUAUACUUUGACUGCGACGCCUUCAUAUUCUCUUGGAACCUCGGGUGACUUCAAGGUACAUUUCUUGAUGUGUCACUUUGGUGUUUAG